CUAUAAAAAUGAGUCUUAGCAAUGAUCAAAAACUCACUCAAUCCAAAGAGCUGACUCCCAAAGUAAAAUUCAAAAAGCUGCACAAACCCAAAGCUGCUCACAGCCCAAACUACCUCAGAAGAAAACCUGCCAAAAAUCCGCUAAACACAGACCUGGGAGUCGUCAGCAAGAAAAGUGAGGAAAGCCCUGACCCCUCAGAGAUCCAAAGAGAAGCAGACUCCGUCAUGAACGAUAUGAAAUAAGCUCAAGGAAGACCUCCAGAAGAAAGGGUACAAAGAACAGCUCAAAAAGAUGUCCAGGUCGUACUUAAUCAAAAGACUUGAUAACCCAGAAAAUAAAAAUAGCCGCUAUAUGAAGAAAAGUUCUCAGAAUAAGAAAAGAGUUAGCAGUAUCGUCGAAGAAUACCGUAACCUGAACACCUUCUUGGAGCAGUACCAAGGAAGAAUGAAAGCAGGAGGGAGCUCAAUACAGAGAAUGAGAGCUCUUAGGAAGUGAGAGUCGCCCAAAAUUGAUUUCAUCUCCUACAGUCUUACAAGACAGAGUGUCCAAAGACCCACUAUCGACUCGGAAUUCAGGGAACGGAAAGGCCUCAGAAUGAGAGCAAAUGAAUUACGUGAGAAAGUAAAGAGCUCAAUAAGGGAAAGCACAAGUGAAUGGAGACACGAAGUCCAAAAAGUCGUUGACAAGGUAGAACGGAGGCAUCAUUUUUCAGAAUGGAGCAAUAAAUUUAACACUAACCGGAGCUACCAUGAUGUCUCUGAAAAUACAAGGAACUGCUAUAGCUCAUUUAGUUAUGAAAAUACUAAAUAAAAAUGACAAUAUCAAAAUAAAAGAGAAACAGGCUUAUGACACAAUUGAUGCUGGACCCACAACUGUAAGAGUUGAGCAAAAACGGCUUCCAAAAGUUCGUAGUAGUCAUCUAAAAUAUGUCCUAAGCAAAUCGAAUCCAAAGAAGUCAAAUGUUUGAAACUCAGCUCGCCCAGUAGAGCGAAGAGGGUCAAGCAAAAAGAAGCAAACAAAAAUGAAGUUAAAAUAAUCUAAAGAUAAGCAUCAUGAAGGAAUGCAACGAAGAAAAAUUCAGAAAUGUUUCAAUAAAGAAUCUACUUCAGAAGUUCUCGAAUGACAGCAGAUCAUUGUUUAAGGCGUUACAAUCCAACUCAGCAAGAGUGCAACAAACUUUAACAAAUUCAAGAGUUGAGCAGAGAUAUGAAAAUUUUAAUCCAGGAAAUAGGUGUUCAAAUUUGAGUAAAAUCAUUUCAAAAAGUUCAAAAUCAUAUCAAGAAAUACCUUAAAGCCUUCAAAAUAAGAUUCUAAAUCAUAAUUC